AUGAGAGAGCCUAACCUUUGUUUCCCUUCUCAAAGUAGAGCAGCCGUAUGUAUUACAUCUGCCCUUUACGAUAGAAGAGCUUUGGAUUGUACUGCGACUUUGCCUCUUGUUAAUUCGCUAACUCAUUUAGCCUAUUUAACUUCAACCUCACCACGUAUAAGAGAGAUUUUGUGUUUGGAUGGUGGAUUGGAGAAGCUGGUUCGCAUUCUCUCUCAAACGUCAAGCAGAUCAGAUAGGCUUACUCUAUGGAAAUGGACGCUUGCAUUUCAAUCUAUCGUCAAUGUGGGUGUAAGGGGCACUGAGCAAAUAAGAACAAAGGUAGUCGAUACUGGUGUAAUCCCGUUCGUAUUGACUAUACUCGGCAACUUUACAAAGUCCUAUGAGAUCAUCAAUGGAAAGAAAGAGAUGAAACGAGAUCCCAUUUCUUCGCCAUCUACAUCUACUGGUAUCUUGUCCAAAGGCUUAUUAGACACGACUCCAUUAUCUUCUACUUCUACAUCCUCAUCAUCAACUGCAUCUCAACAACAAUCGUCACCCGCUUCCAAUGCAUCCAUUGCGAAACUGCCCUCAGUAACACCAGCCAAAUCAGCUUUGCGUCGAUCCACAUUUCCCUACGUUAAAGUCGACCCCGCCCAGAGACGUUAUAGACGCAUUCACAAGGAAAGACAAGAUCCCAAGUUCCCAGAAUUGGAAAACGUAUUCCACCGAGAAGAAGAUGUCUUGUUAUGUCUGCAACUGUUGGCUUAUCUCUCAAAAUACCCUCAUAUUCGUGACUUAUUCAACACUGCUUACAACAAAAAUGUGUUCAGCGUAGUAGAGAAAUUCUGCCAUCGCAUUCAUCCUGGACCUAUACAAUAUUGGGCUGGAGUCAUUAUGCGAAAUGCAUGCCGUAAAGAUGAAACACGCGGCGGUAUUAGACGUUGUGCCAAUAUGUCUUGUGGCAAAUGGGAAUCUCAACCUCGUGAGUUUGCCAAAUGUAGAAGAUGUAGAAAGGCAAAAUAUUGUUCAAAGGCUUGCCAAUCCAAGGCUUGGGCUGACGGACAUCGUUGGUGGUGUGUAGAGAGACAUUCAUCCAUCGUCCGAGAUUCCAAUGCUACUGCUGCUAUCCCAACUGUAACUGCUGCUACACCUGCUACUAAUGCUACAACAAUCACAGCUGCUACUACUACGACUACCACCGCCACAUCUCAUACUCGAUCCAACACUUCUCCAUCCAUGACCACCAACAUGACAUCAGCAACAAGUUCUGUAGCAGCUUCCUCAAGUUCCAUUACUGCUUCAACUGCUAAUACAGCUCAGACUGCUGAUGGAUUGAAUGCAUCUGUAACAGCAGCAUCCACAGCUACCGCUUCUCCUGCCGCUACAUCGACUUUUACUACUACUAGAGUUUUCCAUCAUCCAGGUGGUCAAAAUCACCAUACCUUUGAUGUUGUAAUUGGGUUAGCCCGUAACAAUACAAGACAUCAACGUCAACCAUCUCAACAGGGCCAAAUUUUGCCACAAGCAGCACAGCGACAAGAACAACAGCAAGAGCCAAGUACUGAAAACGUCUUGCCUUCUCAUUCAUCUUUUAGACAUCGCAACAGCAGUAGUGGUAUUUCUAAUAUGACACUUAUUGAGCAAGGCACAGACAAUGCCGAAGGGUCAGAAACCACCACUAUGCUAAUGGAUAUGGGCGUGCAUAUGGAACUAUGA